CCGCCCCUUUGCCUGGGAAGCUUUGGCCUUUAUGGGAAACCGUCCAAUAAACGUCAGAUGAGAACACAUUCCUCUUUUUGGAGAGGUCGCAGAGGUACUACUUCCGGAUCCUAGAGCGCGUUAAUUCCGUGACCAGGGGAACGGUAGCCAUGGCAACGCGAUCUUGGCUGUUUGCACGUGGAGUCACAUUGCAAAGAUUCCAGUGCGAUUUUUCUUAGCUUUCAGUUUGUCAGUGCAUCUCGGAAAAGAGACACACGUGAAAGCAAUAACCGUACCCGAAAGAACAUUUGGUAUGGGCCUGAGUUACGUCAAGAAAAAGCUCAUUCCACUAGGCAGUGUUCACUGACUUUUUUUGUUUCUGAGUGAGACGCAAGCAUAGCUUCCUUUUCACACUCUCAGCAAGACCCUUUCAUCCUUGUUGGAGGGCAUGUAGUGUUUCCAUUAGCUCAGUGACAUUGAAUUCCCCAUGCAUGUAGGUGAGUGGAAUGUUGUACGAACCUGCAUAACUUCAGAUUUCAAAAAAGCAUAGAACUCCAUCAGAAUUCUUUGCCUCUCAGGUGCAAGGAGAUCUUGGGCCUUAUCAUACUUCGAUUUGUUUCUUUUGUUUUGAUGUCAACUUCAUACACAUUUUCAUUCUUGCUUCUUCUGGUCACAGUCACGGGUCUUGGCUGGUACUUCUAGAUACAUUAGGCACCUUUUCUGGAUUUGUAUUCCUUUCAUACUCUCAGCAAAGACCCCUUUCAUAAUUUUCAGAUUUACAGGGGGCAGAAGUGGCAGCUAGCCGAAGGAAUGCUGGGAAGGCGGAAUGGGAGGCCGAGGAAAAGAGGGAGGGCUUUGCGUCCAGCGCCCCCUCACCUCGUGGUUCUCAGGUCUUCAGCAAAAGCUCUGGGGGAGGACAGUGCACAUGAGAUCUUCCUGUCUCCUAAAAUGAAUGUGUUUUUUCUUUUUCAGUCCUAACUUAAACUAGCUUGUUUCCAACUCUGACCUCUCCAUUCGCUGGUUGGCAUCUUAACCUUCACGUGUCCAUCAGAAAGAAGCAAUUCUGGGGCAAGAUUUCAAUCCGUGUGUAGCAAACAUAAUUCAGAGGAAGUCCUAGAGGCGGUGGAGGUUGGUGGCUAUGCCAGGGCGAAAGUUAUGUUUUGAGUGUGAUGUCAUCCCCAAGUAAAGCGAAGUGAGCCGGAUGGCGAGUGAAGAUGCAGACAGCUGUGCCCAACUCCUUUGGAAGCCCCAGAAACCCAUCCAGCCUUACAUCUGCUCCACUCUGAAUGAUUUCAAAGAAGAGAGAGAUUUUUUGGCAAACCGCAUCUUCCCUCGGCUCAAUGAGCUCUGCCGCUCGCGGGGCACGUAUUUCAAAGCUGUGGACCUGUGGCAGUCAGUGUUGAGGGGCCACUCACCUUUGCCCCUCAGCCUGUGUAAACAGCACGUUUCCCUCCACUCCCAGCAUCUGAAGCUCUGCCUCGACUAUGUGAACAGCUGCUUGCCCUUUUUCAUCUGCAUGCUGGGUGAGACGUACGGGGACUUUCUCCCCGACCACUUGCCUUUCACGUUCACCAAAGCCACCGACUUGUCAAGCUUGUCCCGAGUGGAGCAGAAUCUCUACGUCGCUGCAGAAAACGGUUAUCCCUGGGUCCUGGAGAAUCCCAACUGCAGUCUGACGGAGCUGGAGAUCAUCCAAGCAGCAUUUCUGAAUGAGUCUCCAUUUCAGUAUUUCUACUUUAGGACCGGAGCCACGCUGCUGAAGGCUUUGGAUGCAAAGAAGGAGGAAAAGCUGUCCUUAGGUUCCCUGAUGGACAAUGAGGAAAAAUUAAGGAUUGGAAAGCUCAAGGCCAAGAUUAUUAGCAAAGGGCUCCCUGUCAGAUAUUAUAGAGACCUCCAGGAAUUGGGUGAACUGGUUUUCAAGGACUGGUCGGUUGUGAUAGAAAAACUGUACCCAGCCACCUGCAUGACUGAAAAUAUAGACUACAAGCACAACUCUGAGCGUUUCUAUCACGAAGAGUUUACUGAGAAGUGCCAGCAAGUGUUUGUGGCUUCCAAGGAGUCACACAGAAUGUUUGAAAUCUUGGAGAGAUUUGCCCUAAAGGAAUUGGAAUUUGAUUCUGACAACGCAGCAGCGGGUUCCAGUUUGGACUCUGUUCUCGGACGACAUUCUCCUUCAAGCUCCAAGUCUAUUUUGCUUUUAUCUGGAGAACGUGGCUGUGGGAAGUCCACUCUGAUUGCCAACUGGGUGAAUUAUUUCAAAAAGAAAUAUCCAAAUAUCCUGAUGGUCCCUCACUUUGUGGGCAGCACCUGUGAAAGCAGCGACAUCAUGUCUGUGAUACAUUACUUCAUCACAGAGUUACAGGGCAAAAACUAUGGUACUCAGCUUGAAACCGAUGUUCUUAACGAAGACUCACAUGUCUUGGUCUUCCCGCUUCUCGUAGAAGUGUUCAUUGCUUCCAUCAGUUUAAAGCCGUGUGUACUUGUACUAGAUGGAAUCGAAGAGUUGGUUGGCAUUUAUGGCAUUUCGGGACAGAAGGCAAAAGAUUUCUCCUGGCUGCCACGCUCGCUGUCCCCUCACUGCAGGUUCAUCAUGAGCACCGUCUCCACCAGCCUGGCCCACAAGUCACUGUGUGCCCGCCCUGACGUGAGGACGGUGGAGCUCAUCGGCACAGAAGACACAGAAGUGAAAUUAAACAUCCUGAGACACUAUCUCUCCAUUCCCAACAAAGACCCCUUCCAACAGAUCAGACAGACGUUGAGCCAAAGAGCGAACCUCAAUCCUCUAAAACUCACGAUCCUAGCAAAUGAACUAAAAGACUGCAGGAUCUACCGAAAUGAGUUUCAGUGUCUGAAGGAGUACCUGGCGGUGGACUCUAUUCAGGAGCUCUGGGGACUGAUUCUGAAACGCUGGAUUGAAGAUUAUAGUUGGACUUUUAAACAAAAAAAGGCACAUUCAGAUACCAUGACUUCGGGAGUAGGGCUGGACGGCUGGGUGGCCGACACUCUGUGCUUACUGAGCAUCUCGCAUUGUGGGUUGGCGGAGGAUGAGAUACUGCAGCUUUUGGACAAGCUGGGCUACAGGAAUUGUUACAAAGUGACCACGUUGCACUGGGCUGCCUUCCGCAAUGCCACGAGACCGUGGGUCCAGGAGAAGCCCAGUGGGCUCCUGUACUUCCAGCACCAGUCUCUACGGAGCACCGUGGAGCACAAGCUUCUUGGUGUAAUUACUCCUGUUCGAGAAAGCAACCCGCGUGCCUUCCAGAAACCAGUGAAUCAUAAGAAAACGCAUUUGCACCGAAUUUUGGUCAGAUACUUCCAACGGCAGACGGCUUUCUGGAGAGUGUACCAGGAGCUGCCGUGGCAUAUGAAAAUGAGCGGCUGCUGGGGGGACUUGAGCAACUUUCUCUCAAGUCCUAGUGUCACAGACUUCAUAUCGAAGAUCCAAAGCCCGAGCUUCUGGACCAGGCUGCACCUCCUUCACUACUGGAACGUGUUGGCUGAAGUUGGGUACGAUCCUGCCAGGGCCUACCUGUUCUCCGUGGCCAAGAUUAAAGAAGACAAGUGCUGCAAACUAAGGAAGAGGUGCACACUCUCAGUGCUGGAAUGUGGGCCUCUGGAGGCCACUGCCACAGACAAGUGCCGACUAAUAUUCUUUAUUGCGAGAUUUUUGAAGCUGAUGGGCAAGACCAAAGAAGCGGAAGAGUUGUUCUUGAGUGUUGAGAGCAUGUUAAUGCAGAGUCAGAGCACGACAGACAUGCUUCUCAAAGUCCAGACCGCCGUGGGGGAGCUCUAUCUGGAAAUAGGGAUGACUGAGGAAGGGUUCCAGUAUUUCAACAAAGCGUGGUUGAGACUGAUGGAAUUUUCACCCAGCGACUUAAAAGACAACCAGGACUUGGUGAAGCAAAAAGGCAGAGUGCUGAACAACCUGGCAAAGUCGGCGCCUGAGGACUACCUGAAGGAAAACCGCAUCGUGGAAUGCGCGGCUGACACCUCCUGCCUGCUGGACGGCCACCCGAGAGACCAGGCCACCAUGAAAUACACCGAAGGUGUUCUGAUAUUUGCUGCUGGAAACAGUUCUCUUGCAAAAACAAAACUUCAAGACGGCCUGGAUAUCAGGAGAAGUUUGUUUGGGGAGAAAAACAUGCUAGUUGGAGAAAUUAUGGAAUUUUUAGCAGAUUUACUAUUUUUUCCACUAAGAAAUAAUGAAAGAUGCCAAACGAAGAAAGCAAUCGAAUAUUAUAAACAAGUGGUAAAAAUAAAGGAAAAUGCAAUCACUCUGGCCAACUCUUCGCUGGUCAGGAAGCAGCUGAGCAUCAGCCUAAGCGAUACCUGUUGUAAAUUAGCAGGUCAGUUACUGACAAGCGACUCUAGUCAUCACGUCAUGAUUGAGGCCCUGGGCUAUUUGUACAGAUCACUCGAUUUAAGGGCGACUUCCCUGGGGUCUUCUCAUUCAUCAGUCCAUGGAAUCCUGCAUCUUGUAAGGGAAAUUGAAUGGAUCCGGGGCAGGAGAUUUUGGCCUCAAGGCAUGAGCUGGCAAGCUGCUGAGGGUUCUAGGAACGGCACCUCCUUGUGGAAGCACUUGCUGAGGUUAAACUACCACAGCGCCCAGAGUCCUAAUACAGUGAGUUCUGUGAUGUGCACAAAUGCAGAUAAGCUACAGAGGGCUAAAAGCACAGAGUUGGCACCUGCUACAAUUUCAGAUAAAUCAAAAAUUGCUUCCAGAAAGAAGAAAAAGGUCUUGAGACCCAUUGUUUCUAUUUCUGCCGAGGAAAAGACCCAACAGAAGACACAAAAUACUGUUGAAAUACGGAAUGGUCCAGAAAAAGAAGCAUCAGAGAAAAGUAAAGAAUAUUUUUCUAAGAUUUUAUCUGUGGGUACAGAAGAUGAUGUAGUAAAGCUUUCACGGCAAAGGAUUUUGUCAGCUGACGUGGGGAGUGGAACUGAGCAAGUCACCAACAGGUACCAGCAUCGCCUGCUAUGGCCUCUUAGCACAAACUAUCCUUCUGAACCCAUAACAGAGCUCAUCUCAGAAAAGUGGCUUUUUCACAGGCCAGAUUACCAUUCCGUUCCUCAGAAGUGUUUUCUGCAGAGAUCUCAGUAUUUGUUGAGGACCUCAAAGGAUACUAGUAAAGAAUUAAAAUGAUUACGGGCUCUUCCGUGUCUGUAAAUUUUUUCUGCUUACUUUAUUUAGAACUUUUUGAUGAGAUGUGUACAUUUUUAGCUGCUUAAAAAUACUGUAACAGAUUUUUGCUAAGAAGAACAAUUUUUAAGUGACUCACAUUUCUAUGGUAGGUAUGUGAGUGUUGAUCUCACAGGGUUCUGUAUCUAGAAGUGUAGUGAAGCAGUGCUAUAAAGCUCUACUUCGUGAUAGCUUUAUAUUAUAGUUUA